AUGAAUUCAAAUAACAAAAGUCAUGAGAUAUCCAUUAAUAUAAAUGAUAUAAAUCAUUAUGGAAGACAAAAGUUAUUGGUAGCAGUAGCUCCCAAUGGUAAAUAUGUCAUCACGUAUAACAGAGAAGAUCAUUCAUUUGAAGGAUGGAUUGUCAGCACGGAAGAUCUUAAAUGGAUUUCACUUAAACGAGACCCUGAAGUGACUGUUUGUAAAUUACCUUAUGAUGAAAUAUUAAAUGAAAUCAAAAAAGACGAGAAGCAAGAUUUAAGAUUAUAUCACACAACUGAUGACAAUAAACAAUCCGUCAAGGGAUCAAAGAUUUUUAAUGAUGACAAUAUUGAGAAUGGUAUCAUUCUAUUUGAGUAUAAUUCAGAAUCGAGGAGUGCAAUUGGAUUCGUCGAUGGUAGAAUCUCAAAUGAUGAUUUUAUUGUUGGUUGGAAUACUUACUUGAAUCAACCCUCCGAAAGUCAACGCAAUGAUACUUUGGCUUUUCCUGAUGUGGAAAAUAUUAAAACUUUAAAAAACAAGAAACUUUCAAUUCACGAGCUACCCUCAGAUACAAGUGAAGAAUUAUGUUCGACAGAAUUAAAAGAAUUGGAAGGUUUGGACCAAAUUGUUCGUUAUUGGAGAAUUCUUGAUAAUAAUGAAUUAGCAUUACAUCAAACUAUGUGUAAUGAUUUUAGACCGGAAUUUCGAUGCAUAACAAUAUACAAAUAUGAUAAAAGUAUUAAAAUUAAGUAUUUCUACUUUAAUGACAAUGAAAACUUUAAUGCUGAAAAUUUUGAAUCUGGAUUACCAAUGAUGGAUGUUGAAGCUUUUUUUUGA